CCAUUGUUAUAUUUAAUUUACUCUGUAACUGUGUUUUUCGUGUUUUUAUUUCUAUGUACAAUAAAGUAUAUACAUCCAUAAAUAUGGCCGCAAUGUUGUCCUUGAUAGGUCUUUCUGUGGUUAUCGGAUCAAAUUCAACAUGUUGGUUAUUGGGUUGGUUAUUUUGUGUCUUUUGUAUAGUUGUUAAUCAUUUGAAACAAGAAAUAACACCUAAUCAGAAAAAUAAACUUAAAUGUGCAAACUCUAUAAAAAAGGUCACAUCUUGAAACUUGAGAAACCAUAGAAUAUAAGAAAAAUAUCACAAGAACGUAAACGUUUAUGAUUUUGUAACGUAAAUCUUGUGACCCAAAACUACUUUAUAUACGUCAAAAUGCGCAUUUUUAAAGGGGGCUCCAGAUCGCUAACAAUCAUAGUUUUCGAGGAAUCUUCAUUGUCACUACUCCCCUAUGUGCUUAGUCUCCUCUACAUAAAUUAGUUACACAAAAAAUAUUAGUUUUUAGCCAUCUUCUAAAAGUAAUUGAAUGCAAAACGAUUAUUGAAUGUAUCUACUUAGUAAAUAUUUUGAAGACAGGGAGGAGUUCUCUCUAUUGUACGUUGGGCCUGGUGACGUAAUUCGGCUGACGAAUUAUUUUAUUACCUAUCUCAUAUGUAAAGGCGAAUUUGACUCCGAUGCAUAUUUUGAUUGCGGUGAGCACGUGGAGUUUGUAAUUUGUUUGACAGCGAGGUGGGGAGCCCGCGAGGGAUGACGAAAAUUACGCGAGAAUAAAACACAUCGUCUCUAGGGCUUUCACUUCAAACAAAAUGAAACACGCGCCCGUCGGCGGCCCCUUCGAGCACACGCCCGCUAUCUGCCCAGCGACUCGCCAGCACACACACCACUUCUACUUCCACUGACGUUACCGACACCUGAAAAUAUCAAAAUACAAAGCAGUGAUCUUGUGAUUUUAGAGUAAUACACGCAUUUGGACUUAACAAUAUUUUUAUAAAAUGAGCAUGGCGGGACACCUUCUGAAGAGUCUGCUGGUGCUGUGCAGCGUGACCGGCAUGUGCCGCAGCGGGACGGCCGCGGAAAACGACAACUCCCUCACCACUCCGGAGUACAUAUUGCCGUGUAGCCGCAGUGACCCGCAGCUGGAUUCGUGCGUGAAGCGCUCGUUCAACCACCUGCGGCCGUACCUGGCGCGCGGGCUGCCCGAGCUGGGCGUGCCGGCCGUGGAGCCGCUGCUCAUCGACCGGCUCGUGAUGGCCAACGACGCCGGGCCCGUGCGCGUCACCGCCGCCUUCACCAACAUCACCGUGCUCGGCCCCAGCAACUACACCGUCACUAAGAUAAGAUCUGACCUGAGUAAGCUGCGCAUUGACAUGGGGCUGGUGCUCCCGCGCAUCGAGAUCACGGGCCGCUACGAGGUAUCGGGCCAGGUGCUGCUGUUCCCCGUGCGCUCCCAAGGAGACUUCUGGGCUGCAUUCAUCGAUGUAGCCGCCAUCGCAAAGGUGUUUGGCAAGGAGAUCGAGCGAGACAACGUCAAGUACAUGGCGGCUGACCGGCUCCUGGUCGACUUCAAGCUGCGGAACUCCCGGUUCAAAGUGCGGGACACCGUCAAUUAUGGAAGCGUCAUUGGCGAAGCAAUGAACCAGUUUCUGAACAACAACGCGGCAGAGAUCAUCGAGGAGAUGCGACCGGCCGCCAGCGUGUCCAUCGCCAAGCAUUUCCAGGCUUUCCUCAACGCCGCCUUCACCAAAGUGCCCAUCGACGUCUGGCUCAAACCUUAAUGAGCACCAUAAACAUGACAAUAGAACGACAUUGUUCGUAGGUCUUUAAGUUUUCAAGUGACUGAAGUGGCUUCAGUUAUUGGCAUUAGGGGGGCAUGACAUGGUGUCCGAACUUAACAGUUAAGUAGUUAGGUAUCUAUUGAAUUGUAAUUGGUCGGCGUCCAAAGGAGGAUUGUUCUGAAAAGAAUAUCAAACUAUCGAUAUUUUGAUUUAAAAAAAUCUCCUGUCUUUUUUCUGAAUACCUCCUUACAAUGUUUCAUAUGCUAAUGGAAAUUUCCGGAUUUAAAACUGUUGAAAUCUGAGAAUAUUUUUGGUGACGCUAGUCCAAAGAUGAUUUUAUUUAUUUUCGUAACAAUAGUAUCUAUUGUACCUACUUCUAAACUGAGGAACCGCUUAGGUGUCUUAGGUACUGAAUUGCAUGUUUAUUUGCCGUUAUUUCUGAACUUAAAACUAUUUAGUAACAAAACAUAUUUAACCAGUAUGUAUAAUACACAUACUAUUAUUGUAUGUUUAUAUAUUGAUUAUUAUGUACUAGACUGCAGUAAAUUUAUAAUUGGUAUUACCAUUACAUUGUAACUACUUAAGGCAUUUAGGUCUGAAAAUCCGAUCUCUAGAUGGGGUUUUCAGAGCAUGACCAGUCCUAGCACGCAACCACAAAAGGGUGAUUCUGACUAGCGAGGUAUAAUCAGUAUAGGCCGUUUAUUUUUAAUGCAUUUAAGUGAGUAAGUACAACAGUACUUUAAUUAUCUAACCAUAAAAAAGAUUACUAUUAGGCUUUCAAUAUUAUUGACCAGAUAACACGAACAUGGCCAAUAUUUUUCGUUAAUAGCUUAAUGUUUCUCGGUUUUGCAAACAUGUUGAAAAAUGUUAAACACGUAGUGAUUAAUAUUUCCAAUAGAAACUGUUUUAUUAAUUUUAAUGUUUAUUUUAGGUACAACAAUGUAAAAAGGUAAACGACUAUAUUCUAAGAAGGGCGUUGGCAUACUGUAUGUCCUUGAAUUAUAAGUAUUAUUUAUUACUUUCCAGUAUCCUAGUGAAUACCUAAAUAAGUAUAAUUCUGACUAGAAAGUAGAGAAAAUUAAUAUAAUAUGUAAUUCUAAUUUUAAAGGAAAUGUACCUUGUUAGAUUGUCAGCAAAUGGUUAGAAAAAUAUGUUUAGUUGUUAUAACUAAAUAAUAAACAUACAAAAAAUAUUUCGAAUCAUUUAUUUUUUAAAUUGUGAUCUUAACCUAGGUAAUAAAUAAACAGGUACUUGUA